UUUUUAUUUUAAUUCGGAUUAGAAGUAACAAGUUGAAAAAAUGGCUUCUACCGCGGCUGGGAAGCAAAGGAUACCGAAAGUGGCUAAGGUGAAAAACAAGGCCCCCGCCGAGGUGCAGAUCACGGCGGAGCAGCUGCUCAGGGAAGCCAAAGAGAGGGAGCUUGAGCUUCUGCCCCCGCCGCCCAAGCAGAAGAUCACCGACGAGGAGGAGCUGAAUGAUUACAAGCUGCGGAAAAGAAAGGGAUUUGAAGACAACAUCCGAAAAAAUCGCACUGUCAUCAGUAACUGGAUAAAGUAUGCACAAUGGGAGGAGAGCCUGAAGGAAGUUCAGAGAGCCCGCUCCAUUUACGAGCGUGCCCUAGAUGUGGACCACAGGAACAUCGCGCUGUGGCUGAAGUAUGCCGAGAUGGAGAUGAAAAACCGGCAGGUGAACCAUGCCCGCAACAUCUGGGACCGAGCCAUCACCAUCCUCCCGCGGGUCAACCAGUUCUGGUACAAAUACACCUACAUGGAGGAGAUGUUGGGAAACGUAGCCGGCUGUCGGCAGGUGUUUGAACGGUGGAUGGAGUGGGAACCUGAUGAGCAAGCCUGGCAUUCCUACAUUAACUUUGAACUGCGCUACAAAGAAGUGGACAAGGCACGCUUCAUUUACGAGACAUUUGUAAUUGUCCACCCUGAAGUGAAGAACUGGAUCAAGUACGCCCGCUUCGAAGAGAAGCAUGGCUACAUUGGCCAUUCCAGGAAGGUGUUUGAGAGAGCCGUGGAAUUCUUUGGGGAGGAACACGUCGAUGAGCAUCUCUACGUGGCUUUUGCAAAGUUUGAGGAGAAACAGAAAGAGUUUGAGCGAGUGCGGGUGAUCUACAAGUAUGCCCUGGAUAGGAUUCCUAAGCAGCAAGCCCAGGAGCUGUUCAAAAACUACACUGUUUUCGAGAAGAAGUUUGGAGAUAGGAGGGGAAUCGAAGAUGUCAUCGUCAGCAAAAGACGUUUCCAGUAUGAGGAGGAAGUCAAGGCAAACCCUCAUAACUACGAUGCCUGGUUUGAUUACCUCCGACUGGUAGAGAGUGACGCAGACGCUGACACGGUUCGAGAGGUGUAUGAAAGAGCCAUUGCCAACAUCCCCCCCAUCCCGGAAAAAAGGCACUGGAGAAGAUACAUUUACCUCUGGAUUAACUAUGCCUUGUACGAAGAAUUGGAGGUCAAGGACCCAGAAAGAACAAGACAAGUGUACCAGGCAUGUCUUGAACUCAUUCCACACAAAAAGUUUACAUUUGCCAAAAUCUGGUUAUUAUGUGCCCAGUUUGAAAUAAGACAGAAGAAUCUUCCUUUUGCUAGGAGGGCUCUGGGCACAGGCAUUGGUAAAUGCCCAAAGAACAAACUAUUUAAGGGCUAUAUUGAGCUGGAACUACAGCUUCGAGAGUUUGAUCGUUGCCGAAAACUCUAUGAGAAGUAUCUGGAAUUUUCCCCAGAGAACUGUACGACGUGGAUCAAAUUUGCCGAGCUCGAGACUAUCUUGGGAGAUGUAGACAGAGCUCGUGCAAUCUUUGAACUCGCUAUAGGACAGCCCAGACUGGAUAUGCCAGAGGUGCUUUGGAAAUCGUACAUUGACUUUGAAAUUGAACAAGAGGAAUAUGGAAAGACGAGAGACCUGUACAGGAGGUUACUACAGCGCACUCAGCAUGUUAAGGUUUGGAUCAGUUACGCCCAGUUUGAGCUAUCUGUCGAGAGUGAGGAUCGCCUGAUCAAGUGCAGACAGAUUUACGAGGAGGCCAACAAAGCCCUGCGCAACUGUGAGGAGAAAGAGGAAAGACUCAUGUUACUGGAGUCCUGGAGGGACUUUGAGGCCGAGUUCGGUACCGACAGCACACGGAGCAGAGUGCACAGGCUUCUCCCAGAGAAAGUCAAGAAGAGGAGAAAGCUGCAAGCAGAGGAUGGCUCAGACGCCGGCUGGGAAGAGUACUAUGACUAUAUCUUUCCAGAGGAUUCUGCCAACCAGCCCAACCUCAAGCUGCUUGCCAUGGCGAAAAUGUGGAAGAAACAGCAGCAACAGGAGGAGGAAGAGGACAGUCAGGAAGACUCGCAGGAGCAGCAGGAACAGGAGGACCCAGCGGCUGUUACUGCUGGUGAUGACAAGGAUGAUGGUGAUAACGACAGGCAGGAUAAUGAUGAAGAUAAGGAUAAGGAUGAGGACAGCAAUAAAUCCUAACCUGUCCUUCACACACUUUCAGAACAUGUUUUCUCACAAGACUCUUGAUCACCAUUCUCCCCAACUCCACUGUCUUCUAACAGAAUGGAAUUUGUAUCCCUCAGUUCCCGAAAACAUUUUUUUUUACAGGAAUAAACAUGAUUUUGUAUUUA